AUGGACAUGUUUAAUAAGUUCAACAAUUAUUUGGAAGAAGAACAAGAGAUUCGUGAGAAAAUCCGUGAAAUUGUGAGACAAAUCGAUACAGAAUCAAAAGAAGCAGUGACAGUUCUUCAAAUCAUACAUACUAGUUUAACUGAUGUAAUGCCGGCUUGCUUAAAAGCCCGUGAAAUAUUCCAGAGAUGUAAUGAUAUGUAUCAGAAAUUAGCACAAGUAGUUCCAACUGGGCAAUACUAUCGAUUUAGUGAUCAUUGGAAUUGGACAACACAACGACUCAUUAGUUUAAUUGCUCUUGUCAUUUAUCUUGAAGCUGGAAUUCUCGUUUCUCGUGAUACUUCUGCCGAAAUCUUAGGACUUAAAUCCAGCAGCUCAGAUGGAUUUCAUCUUGAUCUAGAGAUGUAUCUAAUGGGAAUAUUGCAAAUGUCAAAUGACUUAUCACGAUUUGCAAUCAAUAGUGUAACUUUAGGUGAUUACAGUCGAGUUCUUUUGCUUCAAAACUUCAUCUCAGAUUUGAGCAGUGGAUUUCGUCUAUUAAACUUGAAGAAUGAUGCUCUACGUAAGCGCUUUGAUGGAUUAAAGUACGAUGUUAAGAAGAUUGAAGAAAUUGUCUAUGACCUUUCGAUUCGUGGAUUAUUAAUCAAACCAGUUGAUACGGAAUCUCUUCCUGAAUCAUCUAUGAAAGAAGACUGA